UUGAAUCGAGUGAUCCUGAUUGGUUAAUCGUGUGUCAAUGAGGCAGAUGGCGGUGCAGCUAGGAGAGCCGGUUUAAUAAACAUGGCGGUACAGGCUGGAAGAUCCGUGGUAUUUGUAACGGGAAACGUGAAAAAAUUAGAAGAGGUUGUUCAAAUCCUUGGUGACAAAUUCCCCUACAAACUCAUCUCUAAAAAGAUCGAUCUGCCUGAAUACCAAGGAGAACCUGAUGAGAUCUCAAUACAGAAAUGCAAGGAGGCAGCGAGAGAGGUGGACGGGCCAGUGAUCGUAGAGGACACCUGCCUGUGUUUUAAGGCACUAGGAGGUCUACCAGGACCAUACAUAAAAUGGUUUCUGGAUAAACUGAAGCCAGAGGGACUGUACAAGCUUUUAGCAGGUUUUGAAGAUAAAUCAGCCUGGGCUUUAUGCACGUUUGCUUAUUCUCCUGGCAAAGGUGAGAAUGUUGAACUCUUCAGAGGAAUCAUUGAGGGCAGGAUUGUCGAGCCCAGAGGCCCAAGAGACUUUGGAUGGGAUCCCUGUUUCCAGCCUGAUGGCUACGAUAAAACUUAUGCAGAACUCCCUAAAGAAGUCAAGAACACCAUCUCUCACCGGUACCGCGCCCUGGCAGCCAUGUCGGAACACUUCUCCAAACCGAAUGACGGUCCAGAGACCAAACGCAUCAAAGCCGGUGACUAAUCACAAGGUUGCAGGGGCCUGGAGCAUAUCUCAGGAGAAUUUGGGCGAAAGGCUGGGUACACCCAGGCCAUGGUGCCAAUCCAUCGCAGAAAAUCCCCACACACACACACGAUGGGCAAUUUGGGAACGCCAAUUGCCUGCAUGUCUUUGGACUUUUGGAUGAGACCCACCAAGCACGGGGAAAACAUGAAAAGGUGGUGCGAGGCUACAGUAUUACCCACCAUGCUGCCUUUUGUUUCUAUUUUUGCCUUUUAAUUAGAUUUGAGAUUUGUUUUUUGAUUAAAGAAAUAAGUGAAUGAAACCACAAAAGUUAUCUAUUUAAUUAUAAAAUAUUUAUUUUUUAAAUAUAUAUAAAAUAAAAAUUUGUCUUCCUAUAUUUUUUAGGAAGUCAAUGUGGCACAGUGAUGGUGAAAAGUUAAGACUUAGUGUUCAUAUUGCAUGACUUCGCUCAUUUAUCAUACAAAAAUUGUAUUCAAAGUUUUUGCUUGUCUUGCAAAACACUCACUGACCAAGUUACUCUCAAUCCAAGGUUUUAUGGUCUUUCAUGGAUUUAUUGAAAUACGUGUCAGUAAAUAACAUGAGCACACCACCAACCAUUUAUUGCAUAAUUUUUUAUACAGCCCUCGUAUUAAUAUAUUACCUUUGCUACCUAUGUGUCCCUUCCCAUAAAACUAACCAGCAGCCAACCCUGCUUAGAUAAUCAGCAUUGGCCAUGAAUCUUCAUUGUGUUACUGCGGCAGUCCUUGUUUGCUCAGACGACUCUAGCCAGACGUGUUAUUGCACUCAAAGCAUUCGCUACUUAUGUUGGUCAUUACGGUAACCAUUUGGAAACUGUUUUAUCACUUCUGGUUCUGGGAUGCAUACCUCUUCUGCGUUUCCUUGCCACCCUUUUCAGGAAAUUCCUGAAGUUUAGGAAGUAAAGUAAUUACUUGUGUUAAAAAUUUGCACCUUUGGUGAGUUAGUCUCCACUGUAUCCUCAGAUCCCUGGUCCUACACAGGGUUGUGCUCUUCUGAUAUGCUUUUCUGCUG